AAUAAUUAUACAUAUUUGUGGUCAAACAGCAGUGUGUAUAUUAUAUUCAUACAAGCCACAGUGUAUUGUCAUUGUUGUAUUCACACAUUAUGUAACAACGUACUGACUACAUACUCAUUAGAUAUUAAAACGUUGUAUUUUGAUGCGAUUUGUUUGUGAUUUUGAUGUACAUUAAUGACUUUUCUUUUACGUUAUAUUAUUGUGCUGUUGUUAUAUUGUUCAAAUCAAUAUUCGCUAUGGAAAAGGACAAUCAAAAUGAAGUAACGCCCGUUAAAAAGAAUCGUUGUGGAAAGGUUGUUCAAUUAGAACAAAAAAAAAAAAUUAUUUAUUUAUACAUGGAUCUCAAGCAGAAAGAACCUGAUAUUAAGUAUAUAGAUUUAAAAGAUAAAUUGUCUGAAAGAAGUGGAAUCGGAAUUAAAACAAUUAUGAAGACGUUGAGUGAAUAUAAGUCUUCUGGCACAAUAUCCUUGCCAAUAAAUAAUAAAAAACGAUUAACAGUAAUCGAAAAAGUGGAUGAUUAUAGCAAAAAUAAAAUUCGUAAAAAAAUACACGAAUUUUGGUUCAGUAAAAAAAUUCCAUCGUUACGAAAAAUAAUUCAAGUAGUUAAAAAUGACCCUGAUCUUCCAAAUAUAUCACGUACUUCGUUUCAAAGGUUAUUAAAGGAUAUGCAAUUUGAAUACUCAAAAACAAGCAGUAUAAACAGUGCUCUUAUUGAAAGGGAUGACCUUGUCUUAUGUCGGCGUAAAUAUAUUUCCACCUUACGACGUUAUCGUCAAGAAGGAAGAACAAUAUACUAUUUGGGUGAGACUUGGGUCAAUGUUAAAGAUAGAUCGUCUAAAGUGUGGGUCGACAAGUCUGUCAAAUCGAACAAUAAUAAAUUCCUGAGAGGUUGGACUACGGGGUCACGUAAUCCUAGAUGUAAACGAUUCAUCGUUGUUCACAUAGGGUCGUUCGAGGGGUUUGUCGCUGACGGUCUUCUGUGCUUUGAAUCCAAUGAAAACACGGUUGAUAAUCACAACGAAAUAAAUUGCAAUACAUUUUUCGAAUGGUUCUGUAGCAUAUUACCUUUAUUAAAAGACGACGCGGUGAUAGUUAUGGAUAAUACACCGUACAAUUCAAUGAAAAAAGAACAGGCACCUAUAAUUUCUUGGAAAAAGAAUGCAAUACUUGAAUGGCUGGAAUCUAAAGGUGUAGUAAUUACCGAACCCGGCAUGGUAAAAUUUGAGUUAUUACAAAAAGUCCAACAGAUAAAACAACAAUAUGAGAGGUUAGUUGUAGAUGAAGAGGCCAAAAAAUUUAAUAAAAUUGUACUGCGUUUACCUCAGUACCAUAACGAACUCAACCCUAUAAAUUCAGCGUUGUCGCUAGUAAAAUCACAUGUUAAAGAAAAUAACACGACUUAUAAUUUAAAUGACUUUAGGAAAUUAUUAAAUGAUAGUAUAAAACGAGUGACACCUGAAAAAUGGUCUGAUUGUAUUUCCCAUACUUUAAAAGAAGAGGAUACAUUUUGGCAAGUAGAUUUCAUUUCCGAUAAGAUUUUGAGAAAUUAAAUUCGACAUAAUAUUGUUAAGUAACGACAGAAGAGACUUCUGACUCAGAAAAUAGUAAAUAACGUAUUUUUAAAAUUAUUAUAUCUUUGUAAAUAAAUAGUCAUAAUCAUGAUAAUUGUUAUAUUAAUGAUAUACACUAUUAA